UGGUUUGAAUCUUCUAGGCUUUGGUUGACGUGGAUUAUAUGAUCGGAUAAAGCUUGUUUCGAUUUGAUUGUGACGUAUCAAUCAUUACGUACAACUGCACAAUUCACUGGACUUGGCAGAAAAAUCAGCUACAGACAUCACUGGUCGAGUGGCAAGGUUAGAACUCAUCCUCCCGAUGGAGGGUACGUUGGAGCUCCCAGCCGUCGGCCGACGGAUGUGCCUCGGUACCCUGUAUGAUUGCCGCAGUCAUCAAAUCAUCUCGCCUGGUACCACCCUUUGGGCCCAAGAGACCAUAUCAGAAAAUAAGAAGGUCAGUGAAAAGAAAAGUCACAAAGUGACCCUCGUGAGGUCCCAUACAUUCAACGACAAAUCCAAAGCUCUCGAGGUAGACGAGUCUCUGAAAGCAAGCAUUCUGGCUGAUUCAGUGCAACCGGCAGGCUCGGCUAAGUUUCUGACUGAUCAGCCGCCGCCAGAAGGCACGUGUCGCCUUUCUGUGCACUCUAAAGCCACGAGCGUGAUCGAAGAACUGCCACUCAAUCAACUGGGUAGUUGUAAAAUUCAGAAUUCAGAGGUGAUCACAGAAGGGAAGGCCACUCACGUAGUGGGGGGGAUUUUGUAUGGGUCCAACACUUUCUUUAUCUUCGACAAAACUUGUGGGGAAGAAACAAAAGACAACUGUCUGAAAUCACUCAUUCCCUUGGUGGGUGGUUUCAGUUCCGUUCCAGCUGAGGGGGAAUCAUCCACGUUUGAUCCUAAUGCAGCAAGUGGUGUAGAGUGUAAGGUUCGCUGUGAUUUAGAUGUAGAGGGUUGCCACUUUGAUUACAAAGCUGCUUCCAAGUUACUGACAGAGAUACCUGUUAUGAUCAAAGAAAAUGCAGUUCCGGUAAAGUUCUUUUUGUACCCCUUGCACAAGAUCGAUUCAAGAGCAGCCAGGGUAUGCAAGGCUGUGAGCGAUGGUCUUCUUUCACAGGCCCAAGAAUUUCUGGAGGGUUUAGAGCGUUGUUCUGCGCGAGCCAGCGAAAUGGCGGCUGAUCCACUGUGCAAAAAUUUUCCACAGUUUGCCGAGAAGUUCGCGUUUUUUAAGCAAAUGCUCAGCGAGUAUAAGAUGCACUUUCAAAGAGAGUUUGCGCGCGUGUUGCCCUCAAUCCAAGGAGGUAGCGAUGGGGAAAGCGUCCUGAAGGAAAUGCUGCAGAACGCAGCAACAGUGUCGCCCUUCAAAUUGGCCGAACUUGAUGCCUGGCUUAAAAGCAAGCGCAAAGAGUUGAGUGCUGUUUGUUUGUACGUUAAGUAUCUGCCUGACGUAGAGAUAAUCAAGUCUCAAGAAAGCCUGGAUGAUAUCCUGAUGGACCCAAGCAUAGAUAAUGUUGUGUGCCUUACCUUUCGAUUGGCAGGCAAAGAAGAAGGAUAUCUGAGAUCCCUGUCUCAGUACCUCACCACGAAAAAGGAAAGCAACUAUAGCUUUCACCAAUGGUGUGACGAAGGUUCUGUGAUGAGUUUUUUGAGAACCAAGGCGAGACUGUUCGCCGACUUCUUUCGCAGUAACCUUGAGUCAAAAUGCACCAAGUUCAUCGUGACUGGGUUUUCUGUUGGCUCAUCAACCGGAGAAGAGGCUAGAGUCGGUGGCACAGUCUUAUUGUACGAGCAAGGUACACUUGCCCAAGAAGACUUCGAGCCACCAAGCCAUCCAGGAAAGCCUCAGUGUGACGUCAUCGAUCAUAAUACUAUCGAUAUAUCAUGGUCUCCGCCACAGUACGGCCAGGACGGUGUGCAGAGGUACUUCGUCAAAUUCAAGAGGUUUCGUGGGAAGAAGCAAGCUAUCUCGGAUGAAGUUCGCACAGAAAAGGGAGAUACAUGUUUCACACUUAAAAACCUGGAACCCAAUGAAGCCUUAGAAUUCCAGAUCACAGCAGUCUGUUCUGUAGGCGUCAGUCCAGACAGUGAGAGCAGUGACAGGGUGACGACUCUACCGGCCAGCCCGCCAGGGAAGCCAGAUGCACGUCCUGCUUCAGCAUCUAGCAUUGCUCUUGAGUGGGAACAUCCUGCUCAGUCAGGGAAAAAAGUCACCAUCAGAAGUUACGCCAUCAAGUAUGGGAAGGUUGUAAAUGGGGCAGUGCCAAAUUGGCAACAAGAAUUCGAGACUGGAUCUUCGGAGGGAAGGUUCACCUUACACAACCUGGAAACCAACGUAUCCUACGUGUUUCAGGUGGUUGCCAUUUACGAUUCUGGCGUGACUAGUCUUCCCAGUGCAAACAGCGAUAUCUGCGCUACGUUUCCUGUCAGCCAGCCAGGCAAACCGGAGCUGGGCAAUGUUACCGCAUCAAGUGUCGACAUGAAGUGGACCGGCCCUGCCAAAGUAGGUCAAGGCGUGAAAUUAAAGGAAUAUUUCAUAGAACUCGCUCAGGAACAGCAGAGCCCGUCAGCAGAAUGGACGUGGAAACAGCCGCUGCCCAAUGGUAUGAAUGACGAAUGUAAGCUGUCAGAUCUAAUGCCGGACACCACGUACAUAUCUCGUGUAGUACUGGUGUGCAAGAAUAACUUCAUGACACCGAGUGAACCCAGCGUUCCAUUUACGACGCUUCCGGCUGGCCCUCCGACUGACGUGACAGUUGAACAGAUAUCGGCGACAGAUAUCGAAGUUACUUGGUCAAAGCCUACAGUGAUCAGCCGACAAAAAGCCAUAAAGCACUACCAGGUUGAAUACCAGAUUGUUGAUGGCACUGCUUCUGCUGAAAAGAUGGAAAUCAAGACCAACGACGACUCCUGCACUUCUACCAUCAGCGACGCAACACCAGAAACCAAGUUCACAAUCUGGGUGACUGCCGUCUGUGGUGAUGACGAGUUGGGCGAAAGUAGCAAAGUUGUCUCAUUCACCACCAAAAAGCUUCUGAAGCAUGAAAUAAGAGUCAUUGCCAAGAUGUUGCAACCCGGAUAUAAAAAGAACGGAAAACCGUGCAUCUUAAGAUUCCCACUUGAAGAAGUAUGCUGCAGACCCCAUGGCCGAAGUUUUAGCUUCGGUGAGCCACCGAAAAUGCAGAGUGUCGAACACAAAGUGAUCAUGGUGGUUGGUGUAACUGGCUCGGGCAAGAGUACCCUCAUCAACGCGAUGGCCAACCACAUCUUGGACGUUGACCGGAAAGAUGACUUCCGCUUCAAGAUGGUCGAUGUGAACGAGGCGAGAGGGUCUUCUCAAGCUCACAGCCAGACUCAGGUCCUCACAUCUUACACUAUCUAUCGCGACAAUUAUCUCAGCCUGCCCUACACUCUGACUAUAAUCGACACUCCCGGCUUUGGGGACACGCGCGGCGUCGAACGAGACAAGGCGAUCAUGGACAAGAUCCGUGAGUUCUUCUUGGAUUCCGAGUCCCACGGUAUCGAUCACAUUGACGCUAUCGGGUUCGUCGUUCAGGCGUCCCAGGCUCGGUUGACACCGACUCAGAAGUACGUGUUCGAUUCCAUUUUGUCUGUUUUUGGGAAGGAUAUAUCGGACAACAUUCGCCUUCUGGUGACGUUCGCAGACCAGAGCGAACCGCCUGUUUUGGCUGCAGUCAAAGCGGCAGAAAUACCCUACACUGGUAGCGCAUUCAAGUUCAACAACUCUGCACUGUUUUCGGGGCAUGACAAGAAUCACAAUCGUUCCAAAAAGAAGGCAAGCAAGGAAGAAAAGGGUGAUAUGACGGACUUGUUCUGGAAGAUGGGUCAGGAGAACAUGGCAGACUUCCUUAAUGAAACCCAUGCUCUGGAAGCUCGAAGUCUUGUCCUUACGAAAGAAGUACUUGAAGAAAGAAAGCAUUUGGAGGUGACGGUACAGGGUCUGCAACCUCAGAUUAAUCUUGGAAUUUGCAAGCUGGAGGAGCUACAGAGGGAACAUCAGCUUCUUCAGCAACAUGAGACAGAGAUCGAAGCAAACAAAGACUUCACAUUCGAACUUGAAGUUCCAAAGUCCAAGAUGGUUGAGAUAACUGGAGGUGAAUUCAUAACCAACUGCAGCAAGUGUCACUUCACCUGCCACUACCCAUGUUACAUUGCUGACGACACGAAGAAGGAUAAAUGUAAGGCAAUGAAAGAUGGUGAAUGUACCGUUUGUCCGGGAAAAUGUGCAUGGAAUGUGCAUUUCAAUCAGCCUUACAGGUUUGAGUUCUAUACCGAGAAGGAACAGAGGACCUAUGGAGAAAUAGAAGCAAGGUACAAAGAUGCAUCAGGAAAGAAGAUGACAGUAGAACAGGUGAUUAGAAAGCAGGUUGAAGAAGUAAAAGCGGUCCGCGCUUGUGUCUACAAAUUAGUGUCUGACACGCGUCAAAGUAUCAUGCGUCUAGAGGAAAUUGCACUGAAACCAAACCCACUGAGCACUCCAGAGUAUGUGGACGUCCUGAUUGAAAGUGAGAAACGCAGUCACGUGCCAGGUUGGCAAACCAGAGUAAAUGUAUUGCAGGGAGUAAGGAAAGAGGCGGAAAUCUUGGACAAGGUCAAAGAUGAACAUUACGACCCCUUCCAGGAUUACAAGAGAAUGUUCCAGCCUGCCGGAAAAGACAAGAAACCAAACGUGUUUGCAAGGUUUUGGGCAUCAUUGAUGUCACAAUGAGCAAUCUUCUAACCUCUAAAAAAAACACAAGCUUACAACGAACAUGCUGUUUUAAAGUUUACACAGGCCAAAUUCUUUUGAGUUUUCAUCCGUGACAUUGCUACUUUAAAUUACCCAACUUUUGCUUCUAUGUACGAUGUAUUUUGAUCUCAUCAAGCAAGCUCAAUAUCCUGAAUUGCUGCCCAUCCCACGUAAUGGAUCAUCGGUAGUUGGCAAACAUUCGGAGAAAACAAAUGUGAGAUACUUUUUCAUUAUAUUGCUAUUCCAUUUUGGCAAAACUAGAGAGUUUCCCCUUAUUGUCAUAUUCUCAUUAAUUUCCCGGAUCACAACUGACUUGCACGAUUUUACCCAGAGUUACAAAACUGUCAAAUUAAAUGAAUAUCACUGCAGCACCUACAAGUGCCUCUUUGCGCUAACUUGCAUGCUUGGCCCUCUGACAUGCACUCUAUUCUUUGCUGCAGUAUGCAGUGAAUCAAGGUUACUUGGUCCGUCACUAAGGUGAAAAAAAUGCCGCCCGUAUACGAUCGAAAUAUUAGAAAAAUGCUCUUGACUAAAAGUGAUGCGAUCAUUUGAUCCAUCCCUUGUGACUGUUUAAAUAAUUUUGUCCGUUUUCAACACGUUCUUCAAUAACUGGUCACUUGUGGCUUAGACUCGCCUGGGAGCAUUAUACGAGGUCUGCCUAAUCACGCGUCUAUGUACAUAGUCUUUCAUGAC